UUUUUUCUCUUCCAGAUUUUAAUAUGAAUUCGAGGCACGUAUUGUUUCAAGAAGAGCUUCAGCCUCAGUGAGAAAAAAGAAAAAAAAAGAAACGGAAGACGUCGUCGCGUUUCGCCUUCCUUGAGUUUUACUUUUCGAGUUUCAGCUUCGCCAUGUGGUUUGUGUUCGUCAUUUGCAUCCUCUUUUGUGAGAGAGUUCAUGGAGGUGACUACAUAGCCCCAAAGAACAAAGAGACAUGGAGCUAUGUGGAAGUGCGUCCUGGAGCUCACAUGUUCUGGUGGCUUUACUAUACCAAUGCCAAUGCCUCUUAUACACAACGACCUCUUAUCAUAUGGCUUCAAGGUGGACCUGGUGCUUCCUCCACUGGCUAUGGAAACUUUAUGGAGAUUGGGCCCAUCGAUGUGGGGUCCAAUCCGAGAAAAGUCAAUUGGGUGAAUGAGGCAAAUGUGCUGUUUGUGGACAAUCCUGUUGGUACAGGGUUCAGUUAUGUCCAGAACAAAUCUCUCUAUGCCAGAAACAACUCCAUGAUUGCCGAUGAUCUUGUGACACUCUUCUCGUCGUUUCUUAAAAAAGUCCCUGAGUUUCAGAAAGUUUCUACCUACAUAUUUGGGGAAUCAUAUGGAGGGAAGAUGGCAGUUGGUUUUGCAAAAGCUUUGAACAAGGCAGCAGUAGCUGGGAAGGUGAAAUGCAACCUCCAAGGUGUUGCUCUUGGUGAUUCUUGGAUCUCUCCAGUGGAAUCUAUGCUGUCAUGGCCACCAUUCCUUUAUGCGACGUCCUUCCUUGAUGAAGAGGGAUACCAGAAGGUGCAAAAGUUGGCAGAUGCAACUGCAGAUGAAGUGAAAAAGGGGAAUGGGAAGGCAGCAACUGAACUUUGGAUGAAAACUGAGUCACUGGUGGAAAACCUCACACAUGGUGUUGAUUGGUACAACAUUCUUCAUUUGGAUGCUGAUGUUCAAAGUCUGAAUGCAGUCACCGUGGAGAAAAAGCCUCGUAGGGGAAUUCUCAGCUAUGAUCGACAUGUAGGCCUUCUCCAGGGGGGGAACCUGAAGGAUCUGAUGAAUGGCGUCAUUCGGCGUAAGUUACGUAUCAUCCCUGAGAAUGUUACUUGGGGAGGACAGAGUGAUGAGGUGUUUGCUGCUCUUGAAGCUGAUUUCAUGGAACCAGUUACCGAUGAUGGUAAGGAGUCAUUCUCAAUGUCAUUCUUACCGAGUGGCUUCAGUUGGUUCUCAAGACAAUGCUUUCUUGCCUUUUCAGUUGAAUUUCUGUUGAACAGGACUAACUUGUCUGUCAUCGUGUACAAUGGUCAAUUGGAUCUAAUUGUUGCGACUCAGGGAACAGAGAACUGGGUGAUGAAACUGCUGUGGCCUGGGGUGAAGGGAUGGAGAAGCACAGAGCGAGUGGCUAUCCCUUUGCCUCAUAUCAAGACUGCAGCUUUUUACAAGCAGUACAAAAACCUUUGUUUUUACUGGAUCCUGCAGGCAGGCCAUAUGGUGCCUGCAGAUGCACCUGAAGCAAUGCUGGAGGCCAUGAAGCAUGCUACUAACAUUCAUGGAUGAAACCAAGCACUUUGUCUGUGAUUCAGAAACUCAAUUGUGAUGAUGAUGAUGAACCAAUGUUGUUUCAUGUGUUCCAUUUUGCACUGGUCAUUUUUUCAUUAUUGUUGCAUUCCUUUAUCAAUUCUUCAACUCUGUUUUGAAUAAAGUAUGCUUAGUGAAUUCAUA